CAUUCACCCUUGUUUUUUUUUUUUUCAGAAUGGCGACUGCAAUGGAGGUGAUUGCGCCCGAGCAGGAUCGCGCUGUUGCAAACCCGUCAGCAUCGAUGGAGCGCUUUGACCGCGCGACUGAGCUUGCGACUGUGCGCCCGGACGAAGCUGCUGCGCUCUUCCACUCGCUCAUUGUCGACGACUCGCUGGCCGACGACGAGGCGCUGCGACUCCGCGAGCAGGCCGUCUACGCGCUGAGCGACCUCUACGUUGCGACCAAGCGACCGACCGAGCUCGCUGCCCUCAUCCGCACCACCCGCGGCUUCCUCUCCAGCAUCUCCAAAGCCAAGGCCGCCAAGCUCGUGCGGACGCUGCUGGACAAGUUCCUGGCCGUGACGAGCGCAACGCAGGACGCAGUCAACCUCAUCCGCGAGUUUAUCGACUGGACGAACGAGGAGAAGCGCACCUUCCUGCGACAGGCGUUGGAGGCGCGAUUGAUUGCGUUGUACAUUGACACGCGUGCGUACUCGGAGGCCAUCGCGCUGUCCACGGCCUUGCUCAAGGAGCUCAAGAAGCUCGACGACAAGCCGCUGCUGGUCGAGGUGCUCUUGCUCGACAGCCGCACCUUCCACGCCCUGGCCAACAUCCCCAAGGCACGCGCCGCAUUGACGUCCUCGCGCACCUACGCCAACGCCAUCUAUGUGCCGCCAGUCCUCCAGGCUGCCCUCGAUCUCCAGGGCGGUGUGCUGCACGCCGAAGAGAAGGAUUUCAAGACGGCCUACUCUUACUUUAUCGAGGCCUUCGAGGGCUUUGACUCGCUCAACCACAAGGAGGCGCUGUCUGCUCUCAAGUACAUGCUCCUCUCCAAGAUUAUGCUCCAGUCGUCCGACGAGGUCGCCAGCAUCCUGACUGGCAAGAUUGCCCUCAAGUACUCUGGAUCUCACGUUGAUGCCAUGCGCGCCGUUGAAAGCGCUCACAAAAACCGCUCCCUGGAGCAGUUCCAACAGGCCUUGGUGCAGUACAAGGCCGAGUUGACAGACGACCCAAACAUCCGAUCGCAUUUGCAGGCCUUGUACGACACUCUUCUCGAGCAAAAUCUGCAGCGCAUCAUUGAGCCCUUCUCGCGCGUCGAAAUCAAGCAUGUCGCCGAUCUCAUCCAGUUGCCCGUCGCCCAAGUCGAAACCAAGCUUUCACAAAUGAUUCUUGACAAGAAGCUCAUUGGCAUUCUCGACCAAGGACUCGGCUGCCUUGAUGUUUUCGCCGAGCAACCCGCAGAUCGGACGUAUAAUGCCUCGAUCGAUACGGUGCAGUUUAUGGGUCAGGUCGUUGACGCCCUGUACAAGAAGGCCCAAAAGCUGACAUAAAAAUUGUGCUGAGGGUCUUUUUGUUUUUUUUUGUUCAUUUUGCUUGUUGUUGUAGUUGUUUUUGUUGUUUCGAUUGCUAGAUAUGUUUGUUCGGUUGCAUAUUUGGCUUUGGUGUAAUUCUUGUUGUAGAAACCAGUGAUCUUUCCCAA